UGUACAUUCGAUGCAUGUGUUACAUAUCUGCUAUGUACAUUGUACAUUAUGCAUGUACAUAUAAGUUCUACAUAUGUUUUAGUAGAUAUAGCGCAUCAUAAAUGCUGUAGUUAGUAGUUAUAAGUACUUUAGUAAAUUUUUGUGACAACUUAUCAUUCCAAUAAUUAUAUAAAUACAGAAAAUCAUGUUCGUUUUUGUAUAUGGGACCCUAAAGUUUGGCGAACCAAAUCAUCACUGGCUAACCGACCCAGCCCAUGGUUUCGCCAAAUUUGUUGGAGAAGGGACAACAAAGCAGUUGUACCCCUUGGUCAUAGCAUCCAAGUACAAUAUUCCAUUUCUCUUGGAUAGUCCUCGUACGGGCAAGCACAUUCGUGGAGAAGUUUAUGAAAUUGAUGACAAGAUGCUGGCCAAUUUGGACAUUUUGGAGGAAUACCCAAAACUUUACACGCGGAGAGAGGAGGAGAUUGACCUGCAUUGUGACAAUGAGGGGACUUCAAGAGUGGUGCAGGCCGUUGCCUAUUUCUUGUCCAACUUUCAACCUACACUCCUAGAAAGACCUCAUCUAGACUGCUAUCAGUCUGAAGGGACCCACAACCUUCCCUACAUAGCUAGUGAAGACGAUCUGGCUGAUGCGAAGGAUAUCUAAUAAAAAUCAUCCAUGCACUUUCAUGAGACGCAAAUCUUUUAAAAUUCAGAUAAAUGAUUUUUGUCAAGGAAUAAUUUACAAAUAACAGAAGAAAUUUUUAAACUUUAUAAUAUUCAUAACUCAAUUAGCAUUUGUAUUCAAGACGUUUUAAUAAAUUUUUUUGAUGAAA